UAUUGAGUGAGGAAUGCAAAAAUAAACGAUUGAGAUAGAGUGCCAAGAAAUCAAGAUUGAGGAAGAUGGUUUAUUUGAAGUUAUUGGAGAAAAAAGUAAUAAUUUGAAGUUCCUAUUUUUAGGUUUCUGAUUUGGAUCAGAAAAUACAAGAGUACAAAAAAACCACUAUGCAAUAUUUUGAGUAUCUAACCCACUUGUUGGUUUCUCAUUCCGUUCUCAAUAGCAUGAUUAUUGGAAGUUCUAAUUCUAUUGAUCAGAUAAUACAAUGCAAUCAAUCUGAUUAGGCUUAGUUGCUUAUUGAUUCUUAUAUGGUAAUGUCGUAUAGGAAAUAUAGUUCAGAUGAGAUAUGGGACUUGUGGCAUUAACAGGAAGAGUUACAUGAAAUAUGCAAUCAAAAAUAUACAGAGGAAUUUUUUGAAGGGCAAUUAUGGAUUAUUUUUAAUUAGUACAAAUAAUGAAGUUAACAAUUGUAAUUGAAUAAAUUAAUUAAAUUAGAUGAUGAGGAAUUCAAUAAUUAUAUGGAGAUUGUUAAGUAGUAUACAAAAUUGGAGGAUAAUAAUUUGAUCUAUAAGAUAUUGCCAAUCAUUGAUAAAUUAAUGAAUCAUCGCAAGAUGUCUUAAAAGUUGUCUAUUCUACAAAUAUUUAGGCAUUUACACAAUUAAACAACGAUAUGAGGAAUUUGAAAGUGUUAUAAAAAGAAGUGAAUGAGACUAUAUGUCAAUUCACACAAUCAUUAACAUCUUCGCAAUUAUUGAAAUUAAUCAAAGGAGUAGAGAGAUUGCAGAAUUUUAAUAGAUCUCUAUUAUUUUGA